ACGAUACUUGGUUCAACUGCUACCAAGAAAACCAACCCCCCUUGUGGCAAAGACUUCCCUGACACGCCCACAGAAACCCCAAGGUGAUAAAAAAUGGGAGUGAGUUUUCUGUCCAUCUUAACAUGCCCUUCACAACACAAAAGUAAAGAUUUCCCGGGUAAAUAUACCAUCAGGAUCAAGAAAAUAGACUCCACAGAAGAUUUUACGUUGUUGGGACAGUGGCCGGAUGGCACACUGGAAGACAAGUAUCUGGUUGUGAAGUUUCCAUCACAACCAGGGAAGUAUCUAUUACAGGCCAUAUACGCACCACACGGAAGAAUUUUUUUCAGCUGUGCUGACGUCACACUGGACGAUACGGUGCAGGCGGAGGCUCUCGACCCAAGCGCUGAGUACCCAUCUAAAGUCGAAAACGGAGCCGCCGGUACCCAUUAUUCAGCAUGUAGAGAAACAUUCUACGGUGUAGAUUGUAAGGCCAGCUGUAGCAUGAACUGCGUGAAUCAGUCUUGUGAUAAUGUUGAUGGUAAAUGUAAGGAGUGUCUUCCUGGCAAAACUGGAGACUUCUGUGAAAAGGACUGUAAACCAGGAUUAUAUGGCCCAAAAUGUGCCAGCAAAUGUGAGUCAACGUGUAAAGGAGAAACUAACGACUGUAGACCAGAGAAUGGAACUUGUUUACUUGGCUGUGAUGAUGGAUAUAGGGGAGAAAUGUGCAGAGAUGAAUGUUUAUCGAACACAUUUGGAGAAAACUGCUCCCAAAACUGUAGUGCCACCUGUUUAAACCAAUACGCCGACACCUGCCAUCACGUGACUGGCAACUGCCUCCACGGGUGUCAAAAUGGGUUCAGUGGGACUCAAUGUUUAGAAGAUUUUAAAAUAGAUAUUACAGCAACAUGCCAACCAAUCACAUCUAUUGUCAUCACGUCGAUAACAAGUGUUCUCACAUUUGUUUUUGGAGUUGUAGUUGGGAUCCUUAUAAAAAGGUAUUUUCAUCAAUGCACAAGUAAGCAACGAAAAGUAAAGAUAGAAUUCGAUGCACGUACAGCUGAUGUAGAAAUAACGAACGUUUAUAAUCAAGCAGAAUCCGAUUACCACAUCUAUGAGAGGCCUACAGUUUGAUACGGCUGAAACAAGAACUGUUUUGUUUUAUGACAUUCUAGACAAAUACACUGAUAUGCGAC